GUGGGCGGCUUUGUGGUGUCGGGAUCAGUGAGUGUGGUUGGGCCGGGCCGGGUCGGGCUGGUUAAGGUUGAGCUGUGACCGGGCCGAGUAGAGACGAGAGGAACCGUUUCUCGGCCAUAUUCCUCCAGCUCGGGUAUACGAGUGGGCUAGCGGCGGUGAGCGGGGCCAGCAGCCGGGUAGGAGCCCGGGAUGAGCGCCGCCGGCUCCACACUGACGACAAGACGCGCAGGAGCUUCGGCGAAGCCAGGAAAAACGGGAGAUGAACAACGCACUUGAGGAGACGAGCCCUCUCUCUGGGGCUGGGCUUCAGCUCAACUAAAGGCUUAACUUGGAUUUUGCAGAGGGAAGGAGAGAUCUCUUUCUUUUUCUGUUGGAGUUGGCGGUGGGAGGUGGUCGCCGAUAAAGAAGAAAAUAUUAUGACCAGCUGGGCCUGAGCGCAGUAUUUUUUUUUUCCCUUUUUGCCUUUUAAUUUCAACCGUGAAAAUGUCAGUUCCUGCCUUUUUAAAUGUGAAAUAAAUCACUGCUUUGAUCUCUUUUGGGUAACUGGACGCUGCUCACCAGCCGCCUUUUGAGGAGGAUCAUCUUGAGAGUUAAAACAAAACUUGAGAGAAUAAAAUGUCAGCGAAGGUUCGGCUGAAGAAGUUGGAGCAGUUGCUCCUGAGCGGACCUCAGAUGAAUGCAAGUUCAAUGAGUGUGGAGACUUUGUUGGAUAUUUUAAUAUGCCUUUACAACGAAUGUAGCAGCUCGCCUAUACGACGGGAAAAAUACAUUGCAGAAUUCCUGGAAUGGGCAAAACCAUUCACCUCGACUGUAAAGGAGCUGCGGCUACAUCGAGAUGACUUUGAAAUGUUGAAAGUCAUCGGUAGAGGAGCAUUUGGUGAGGUGGCAGUUGUGAAGAUGAAAAACACUGAACGUGUUUAUGCUAUGAAAAUACUCAAUAAGUGGGAGAUGCUGAAACGUGCUGAGACCGCUUGUUUUCGAGAAGAAAGGAAUGUUCUGGUGAAUGGUGAUUGCCAGUGGAUUACUACCUUACACUAUGCCUUCCAAGAUGAUAACUACUUGUAUUUAGUCAUGGACUACUAUGUGGGUGGGGAUCUACUGACAUUGCUCAGCAAGUUUGAAGACCGACUUCCAGAAGAAAUGUCCAAAUUUUACAUAGCAGAAAUGGUGUUAGCUAUCGACUCCAUUCACCAGUUGCAUUAUGUGCACAGGGACAUAAAGCCUGAUAAUGUUUUGCUGGACAUGAAUGGACAUAUACGUCUUGCUGACUUUGGUUCCUGCCUGAAGUUAAUGAAUGAUGGCACUGUACAAUCUUCUGUGGCAGUUGGUACUCCUGACUACAUCUCUCCAGAAAUCUUGCAAGCAAUGGAAGAUGGAAUGGGAAAGUAUGGACCAGAAUGCGAUUGGUGGUCUCUUGGUGUAUGCAUGUAUGAAAUGCUUGUUGGCGAAACACCAUUUUAUGCAGAAUCACUGGUAGAAACAUAUGGGAAAAUUAUGAAUCACCAAGAACGAUUCCAGUUUCCAUCUCACAUCACUGAUGUGUCUGACGAAGCCAAGGAUUUGAUACAGCAAUUAAUCUGCAGUAGAGAACAUCGUAUUGGAAAAAAUGGAAUGGAAGAUUUCAAAAAGCAUUCCUUUUUCAAAGGGAUUGAUUGGAAUAACAUCAGAAAUAUUGAAGCACCUUAUAUUCCUGAAGUCAGCAGUCCAACAGACACUUCAAACUUUGAUGUAGAUGAUGAUGUUCUCAAAAAUCCAGAGUUGGUGCCUCCAGCCACUCACACUGCUUUUUCUGGACUGCAUCUGCCAUUUGUAGGCUUCACAUUUACCACCAGCAGUCCUUUGUCAGACAGAGCUUCUUUGCGACAAGUUAUGCGAUCAGAUUCAAUUGAUGGGGACGCAGAUGUACGAAUAGACUUGGAAAACAGUUUGCAAAUAGAGGCUUACGAGAGGCGAAUCUGCAGACUUGAACAGGAAAAACUAGAACUAACCAGGAAACUGCAAGAAUCCACUCAGGCAGCACAGUCACUUCAUAGUUCAACACGUGGAAUGGGAACUAUCAGCAGAGAUAAGGAAAUCAAGAAGUUAAAUGAGGAAAUGGACAAACUGAGAAAAAAGUUGGCAGAAUCUGAUCGGUUAGAACAUCAACUUGAAAAUGCAGUCUCUCUCCGCCAAGAUUUUGAGGAAAGUACAAACAAAGUAAAAGCACUAGAAAAACAGAUUAAAGCACUUAAACAAGAAAAAGAAGAAAAUCACAAGCAACUUGUUGAAACUCUUGAAAGACAAAAGUCCCAAACAAAGGAAUUGAAGGAUGCACAUCAGCAGAGGAAAAUUGCAAUGCAGGAGUUCUCCGAACUUAAUGAACGGAUGGCAGAGUUGCGCUCGCAAAAACAGAAGUUGUCCCGAAAUCUCCGUGACAAAGAGGAAGAGUUGGAAGUAGCUAUGCAGAAAAUUGACACAAUGCGUCAAGAUAUCCGAAAAGCAGAGAGGACCAGAAAGGAGUUGGAAGCCAAGUUGGAGGACUCGAUGGCUGAAGCAUCAAAGGAACGAAAGCUUCGAGAACACAGCGAGACUUAUUCCAAACAACUGGAAAGUGAAUUGGAAGCAUUGAAGCUGAAGCAAGGUGGUCGGGCUGCUGGAUCCAGCUUGCAGCACCAACAAGAACUCUCCAAGGUAAAAGCGGAGCUGGAGAAGAAACUGGUUUUCUAUGAAGAGGAACUGGUGAGGUGUGAAGCUGCGCACAGCACUGAAAUUAAGAACCUUAAAAAGGAGCUCCAUGAUUCAGAUGCUCAGCAUUUAGCUCUGCAAAAGGAUGUCAUGAUAUUAAAGGACAAAUUGGAGAAAGCCAAGAGAGACAGGCACAAUGAAAUGGAGGAAACUCUGGGUGAACUGAAAAAGAAAUAUGAAUGUGAGCGAAACAUGCUCAUUGAAGAGAACAAGAAAUUUUCAGUUGAGAAUGAUCGAAUGUGUACAUUUGUGGAUAAGCUUACAACACAGAACAGACGACUUGAAGAUGAAUUGCAGGACCUUGCAGCUAGAAAAGAGUCAGUGGCUCACUGGGAAGCUCAGAUUGCAGAGAUUAUACAAUGGGUGAGUGAUGAGAAAGACGCAAGAGGAUACCUACAGGCUCUGGCAUCCAAAAUGACAGAAGAACUUGAAUCACUGCGGAAUUCUAGUCUAGGUUCAAGAACACUGGAUCCUCUGUGGAAAGUGAGACGCAGUGCAAAGUUGGAUAUGUCAGCGAGGUUAGAGCUACAGUCAGCUCUUGAGGCAGAAAUACGUGCUAAGCAACUGGUACAGGAAGAGCUAAGCAGAGUGAAAGCUACUAAUAUGGCAUUUGAGAGUAAACUGAAAGAGGCAGAUGGCAAGAAUCAAAAAUUUGUAGAAGAGAUACAGAAUUUAAAGAAAGAAUUAGAAGAAAGCAAAGCCAGAACAGAAAAAGGUCUCAAACUUCCAGAUUUUCAGGAUUCUAUUUUUGAUUACUUUAACACCUCUCCGAUUCCACAUGACUUGGGAUUUAAAGGCUCUGUUUCUUCCUCGUCUACAUCAUCUCUCCUAGCGUUUUGGGAAGAACCCUGCUUUAUAAAGAACAAACAUAGCGGUUCCAUUAGUGAGUCUGAUUUGGUGGGCCCAAAACCAGAAACAUCUUCUCAUUCUCCAUCACCAUCAGUUUCUAGCAAUUUAGAGCGGAGAGACGUAAGUAUUGAGCCACUAACACCACAGCAAACCGCUCCUGCUGCUACAUCUCCUAUAUUUGUGCAACCUACACCUUUGCCUAAGCCUAAAGCUCAUCAGGUCAGUAUCAGAAAUUUCUCAAGCCCUACACAGUGUAGCCAUUGUACGUCUCUAAUGGUGGGUUUAGUACGACAGGGAUAUGCCUGUGAUGUAUGCUCAUUUAUAUGCCACGUAUUGUGCAAGGACAGUGCACCUCAAGUAUGCCCUCUUCCAUCUGAGCAAGCAAAGAGGCCACUUGGAAUUGAUGUUCAGAGGGGGAUUGGUACAGCUUACAAAGGCUACGUAAAGGUUCCCAAGCCCACAGGAGUGAAGAAAGGCUGGCAAAGAGCAUAUGCAGUGGUUUGUGAUUGUAAGCUUUUUCUAUAUGACGUAGCUGAAGGCAAAUCUAUGCAGCCUGGAGUUGUUGCGAGCCUGGUAUUGGAUUUGAGAGAUGAAGCCUUUUCUGUGAGUUCAGUGUUUGCAUCUGAUGUCAUUCAUGCUACCCGGAAGGAUAUUCCGUGUAUUUUCAAGGUGACAACUUUGCUGCUCUCCUCACCAUCAAAGACCUGUUCAUUACUAAUCCUGACAGAAAGUGAAAGUGAGAAAAGGAAAUGGGUUGGAAUCCUAGAAGGACUGCAGAAUAUCCUACAAAAAAAUAAACUUAGGAACAGAGUUGUAUAUAUUCCACAGGAAGCGUAUGAUAGUACACUGCCUUUUAUUAAAACAAGUUUAUCUGCUGCUGUUAUCGAUCGUGAGCGUAUAGCUCUGGGUACAGAGGAAGGACUAUAUGCAGUCGAGUUAACACGAGAUAUGAUUGUUCGAGCAGCUGACUGUAAAAAAGUCUACCAGAUUGAGCUCAUUCCCAAAGAAAAUCUCAUUGUCCUUAUUUGUGGCCGAAACCGACACGUUCAUUUUUAUCCAUGGGCUGCUUUUGAUGGACCUGACACCACCUUUGAUAUUAAACUCACUGAAACAAAAGGCUGCCAGACCAUGGUUUCUGGAUCCAUGCGGCAGGGUAUUGUGAGCGCUCUUUUUGUGGCAGUGAAACGGCAAAUCCUGUGCUAUGAAAUUAGCCGAACUAAACCUUAUUACAAGAAAUUCAAUGAAAUUCAGGCCCUAGGGAAUGUGCAAUGGAUGGCAAUCUUUGAAGAAAAACUUUGUGUUGGCUACCCUUCUGGAUUUUCACUGCUUAACAUCCAGGGAGAUGGACCUUCCAUUAAUCUCGUAAAUCCAAUGGACUCAUCACUUGCAUUUCUCUCACAGCAACCUUUUGAUGCUCUCUGUGCUAUGCAGCUUAGCAGUAAAGAGUACUUGCUCUGCUUUAGCCAUGUUGGUGUAUAUGUGGACUUGCAAGGGAGAAGGUCACGAAUGCAAGAGCUGAUGUGGCCUGCAGUUCCUGUUGCCUGCGGUUACAGUUCUUCAUAUCUAACGGUAUACAGUGAGUAUGGUGUGGACGUCUUUGAUGUGAACACAACGGAAUGGGUCCAAACAAUUCCUCUUCGGAAGAUCAGACCGUUAAAUGCUGAAGGUUCAUUAAACCAGCUCAACUCGGAACCUCCACGGUUAAUAUAUUUCAAGAAUAACUACUCUGAGGGAGAUAAUUUGAGUGUGCCAGACACAUCAGACAACAGCAGAAAACAGAUGCUCAGAACCCGCAGCAAAAAGCGAUUUGCUUUUAAGAUACCAGAAGAGGAAAGGUUACAACAAAGACGGGAAAUGCUGAGAGAUCCUGAGAUGCGGUCAAAACUGAUAUCAAAUCCAACAAACUUUAACCAUGUAGCUCACAUGGGGCCAGGAGAUGGCAUGCAAGUACUUAUGGAUCUCCCACUGCACAAUCAGUUUCCUUCCCCCUCAUCAUCUCUGACUAACUUUGAACAUGUUUAUCACAUUAACCCACUCUCAGCUGAAAUCUAUCUCCAGAAUGAUCAUUUUUCACUGCAAAGUUCCCCUGUGCUUUCCUCUCCCUGUCCCCCCUCUUCAGUCAGGAGCGUGUCACCAGUAUCACAGGAUGAGCAGUUGAGAGAGAAACGUGCUUCCCAAUCUAAUCCUUCAAGACAACAACGAAGCAAACAGUACCUUACACGUACAGCAUCAGGUGGGGAAGGUGUCAUGACAACACGUAAUAUUUCUGAUCCUGAUCAAGAUUUUGAGAGAGAGCAGGACUCUGAUUCAACAAGGCAUUCAACUCCUUCAAACAGCUCAAAUCCAAGUAGCCCACCGAGUCCAAACUCUCCUCACAGGAACCAAAUUACACUGGAUGGUUUGGACCAUUCCACUUGUGAUGCAUGACUUUUGCCUCCAGUAACACUUUGCAGAUCAUAAAGCCACACAACGAUAGGAAUCUCCGUUUCACGGAUUCUUUUCCUCUUGAAAAAUGGAGUUUUGCUGAAUUGUUCCAAGAAAGUGCCAAGAAUGGAGAAUAAUUCCUUCUGUUAAUUCUUGCUGAUUGCACAUUAAAUUAUAUAUUCAGGCUCCUUUAUGAGCAUUUCCAGCUUAUUUUGACUAUCAGCCCAAUAAAAUGACUGUGUUACUCGUAUUCUUUGGUGAUUACGGUUUUGUGCAGUGUUGUUGUUAAGUUUGCAGCCUUUAACAGCCAGAUGAUUUUGGGAUUGUGAAGCCCACACAUUCUUUCACACCAAACUUUCCUUCCAAAUUUCUAAUAUAGUUGGUAAAUGGUGAAAUAAAAUUGUCCAUGUACUGUUCCUGUAUCUUAGUUUAUAUAUUAAAAAAGAAAAAAAUGUUUUCUUCAGGGUAUACAUGACACUAGUAAAUAAUACUGUGAAUAAGAAUUUUAGUUGCUUUUUGUAUUACUGUUUUUAACCUUUUGAAGUAGAUGUCCUUUCUUUGUGCUGUAUUGUAGUGAAAGACCAUAUCUAUGUUUAUCAAUGUCUAUGGGCCCAAUGCAGAAAUAUUAAUGCUGGGAAACACCAGACUUGGACCUGCUGCAUUCUCAAAUAUACAAUUAUUGUAAGAUUUGACAAAUUAUGAUUGUCCUUAUUGCUGAUUAAGAGGUAGUAUAAAUAUAAGGCAGUGGACUCUGGGAUACAAGAAAGCUACAUUAAUUUGAUCAUUUUCAAAUUCAGUUUUUGCAUGGAAAAUACAUACUAUCAAAACAUGUUGUACUGGUUUAAAAUCAAAAGAUAUCCACAGUAGUCUUGUACAUUUUGAUAUGCACCCAGAUGAUGUGCUCCUGGUGGAUGCAAUUAAUGUGUACGUGUGUCAAUGUAUAUAUAACUCAUGUUCGGUGUAUGAUAACAUUCUUACUCAUUGAAUUGUCCAUUUUGCAUUAAAGGCUUAUACACCACAGCCAGUAUAUCCAAUUUGUCAUCACACCUGUGUGCCUUCCGUGCUGUAUUUGUGACAACUUACUAUUCAUACAGAUGCAGUAUGAUUUCCCUAUUCAAGAUCACUGCAAAGAGCUUGCAUGUUUUAGUCACCCAGAUUCCUGACCGAGUGGGUAAUUGUGACGUGCCACGUUAAGCAACUAAUCAAACUUCUUUCAUUUACUUAAAAGGGCUCACUGUGGAGCCUAACACUACUGGUGAAACAGGUUUGUUUUUUUAUGUUAAUUUGUGAAAGUGGAUAGUGUUAAAAAUCAGCUAACCACUCUUUGUAAUUAUGGAAUUGUGCUUUGACAAAAUAUUGAAUAUUGACUUGUCAAUAAAGCAUAAGAGGGAGGUAACAAA